AUGUCAAUUCCCUCGACCUACAAGGCCUGGCAGGUGGAAACGGCCGGCGAGCCCUUGGUCCUAAAGGAUCUAGCUCUAAAGCGGCCGGGUCCUGGCCAAAUUCUCGUCAAGGUACUCGCGUGCGGCGUCUGCCACUCCGACGCCGGCAUGGCCAAUGGAGAAUAUGGCCCGGUCCGGGGCCGGAUUCCGGGUCAUGAGACAGUUGGCGAUGUUGUCGCAGUGGGCGAGGGCGUUACUCGUUACCGUGGAGGCGAGCGCGUCGGUGGACCCUGGCAUGGUGGCCACGACGGCACCUGCCGCCCCUGCCAGCGCGGCCAAUUCCAGUACUGUGAGAAUGAGACCAUCAAUGGACUGUCCCAGGACGGCGGCUACGCCCAAUAUGCUCUGCUUCGGGCCGAGGCGGCUGUACGUGUUCCUUCAGACCUCGACCCUGCCGAGGUGGCUCCGCUCCUGUGCGCCGGUGUGACUGUCUUCAAUGGCAUCCGCCAAAUGAGAAUCGAGCAAGGCAGUGUCGUCGCUGUGCAGGGCGUUGGGGGUCUCGGUCACCUGGCUAUCCAGUAUGCCAACAAAAUGGGCUACAAGACUGUCGCUCUGAGCUCCGGUGCAUCGAAAAGGGCCUUCGCGUGUGAACUUGGCGCUCACGAUUUCAUCGACGUAGCUGUCGAGGACCCCGUCGACAAACUCAAAGCCAUGGGCGGUGCGGGUCUCGUUGUGGCAACUGCACCCAACCCCAAGGCCAUAGGGCCGUUAACGGCAGCACUCCAACCUGGUGGUAAGCUUCUCGUUCUCGCAGCCGUGGGCAAUGUCGAGAUCAACACGAUCGAUCUCAUCAUGGCGGGGGCUUCGGUCCACGGCUGGGCGAGCGGCCACGCUCUAGACUCUGAAGAGGCUAUUCAAUUUGCCAGGGAUCACGGCAUCAGGGCUAUGAUUGAGAAAUUCCCCAUGUUGGAUGCGCCGAAGGCCUUGGAGCACAUGCUCUCGGGAAAGGUUCGCUUUAGAGGUGUCCUAACUAUGGAGUGA